AUGUUUCGCAAUCCAUGUUCUGCCAACCCUCCCCGAUUUGGUUCUUUCCAAGGUCCCCCAAUCUGCACCAUAAACGAUUACUUCGACUUCUAUGCCACUCCUCACGACGAUCGACUGCGCUUACUGCGUCUAUGCAACAACAGCUUUGCUUCAAUGUGGCUCCAGUCGAUGUCGAUGUCGAUGUGGAGGACCAACGUCCUAAUUUCAAUGCCGAUGGUUGCUUCACCCUCAGCCCCUCCGCCGUCGUGGAUCGACCUGCCUGGAGAUGUAACGGCCAGUAUUCUGCAGAGGCUGGGGGUGGAGGGGAUGCUCACAAAUGCGCAGAAAGUGUGUACUACAUGGUGGAAGGUUUGCAAGGAUCCCGCCUUGUGGCGAGUCAUCGACUUCUCCAACCCUAGGCAGGGGAUUUUCAACGACGAGUACAAUGUCAUGUGCCGCCACGCAGUGGAUCGUAGCCAAGGACAGUUGGUCGACCUCACCAUUCAGUACUUCGGCGACGAUGCACUCUUGGACUACAUCGUCCGUCGGUAAGCCAUUUUUGGAUUAAGAAUUUAAUAAGUAUCGCUCAAUGUAUAAACUGGUCUAAUCUACUUGUUUUUUCAUGUCUGGAUAUUGUGCACGUAGAAUGGU